AUGUUGGAUGGGUCAAUCUCACUGCUGGAGGGGGAAAGGGAAUUCGGGGAAAGCUGGGUGGAGAGACCCAUCACCCCGACGCUGCUGGGCUAUGAGAUCCGCGAGGACAGGGCAAAGUUCACGGUUUAUAAGAUCCUGGUGACCGGGAGUGAAGCGGACAGCUGGGUGAUUUUCAGAAGAUACACAGACUUCUGCAGGCUCAACGAUAAGCUUAAAGAGCUAUUCCCUGGCUUUCGUUUAGGCCUUCCUCCGAAACGCUGGUUCAAAGACAACUACGAAGAGGAGUUUCUGGAGGAGAGGCAGAUCGGGCUGCAGACAUUUCUUCAGAACUUGAUGUCACACAAAGAUAUCAUUAGCAAGUGCGUGUCUGUGUUGUGCUGAAAAGAAGUAAGACUUAUGUCAACACUUUUUCAGAGACUGCAUUGAGCCUGGUUUGAUUUUCGACUUUUCAUCUUUGUAUUUCCCAGUGAAUCCGUCAAACGUUUUCUGUGUUUGGUUGAGCCACCGAGUCCAUUUGACAGUCUGGAGGAAAGCAGAGCUUUCUGUGAGACUCUGGAGGAAACUAACCAUCGUCUCCAGAGGGAGCUCUUGGAAAAACAGAGAGAAGUUGACACUUUAAAGAUGACUCUAGAGGAGAGGGAGAAUCACAUCAACCUCCUGGCAAAGAAAGUCAAAGCACUGCCACUCUCUUCGGACAGCUUUGAGCGUCUUUGUGAUCUACCAGCUACUGUAGUCACAGACACGCACAGAGAAGGAGACACAGAUGUGAAUGGUUGUAACAAUGAUGUAACUGAAGAGGUGGAUAAUGGCAGAGGAUACUCAAUAACUAAGACUGACCAAGAAACAAGCCCAGAAACAAGGUGA